UAGGAGUGCAGUGUAUACUUUUCCUUUUUUCAUCCUGUUAUUAUUAUUUUUACGUUGUAUUAAUAGACAAAUUAUUUAAGCCCCUGAGCUAUUCCUAUUUAAUAAGCAUCAUGUUCCGUACGAACUUUCGGCGUCUUGCCCAUCAGUUUAUGAAAGAGCCAAUGGGGAACGAAGAAAACACCUUCUCACGCUCCCAACGUACUCGCCGAAAUGUCCUGAACCAUCUGAAUGGUUUGUAUUUAUUUACUGGCACUGGCUGCCUCUGUGCGCUAUAUUCAUUCAUAUCUGCACAAAACCGUGUGUACGGCUGCGUUGUAGCUGAUGGAAAAAUGGGGAAAUCAACUUGCCCAACUAUGUGGUGGAACUUUUGAAAGGGAUAGGGAAAAUUAUCUGUUGCUAUGAAUUUAUGUGCAAAUAUUUAUCUUGUAGUGUGCUUUGUGUUCCCCAUUUAGUAGCGAUUUGUGAACAUAAUGUGCAUCUUUGCAAAACGAACAACAGAUUAUUUUGAAAUAGGAUAGGUUUGCUUACCAAAUAUUUUUAUAUUAGAUUUUAUUGUGUUCUUUUAAUGAAUAAGUGGUAUAUA